GGCGUGGCACUGCUUGGAGGAGAUUUUCCUUACGUCCGAGCGGGGAAGUAGUAGUGGUCGGCCAACGGCGGUUAAGCUUGUCAAUAGGGUGGAAAACCGAAAUCUUGCCGCUUUGGUGGAUCUUUGCGAUCUUGUUCUUCCGGCCGGAGAUUGAGGAAAGGACACGUCGGCGAUGAGCUAUGGUAAUCGAUCUCAUAGCGAUUCUGUUGGGAGAGUGACGAACGAGUGGUAGUUGCGCAAUUGCAGUCGGAGACGAAGAGAGAAGAGAAGGGAGGAGAGAAAGAGGAGCGAGGAGGACCCGCAGGGAAGGAAAGAAAGACGUAGGAAGAAAAUCGGACAGCGUUAGAAGACUAGUGACUAGUUGACAGUGGACAUGGCGGCGGCUGCCACGAUGAACGCGACAGCUGUCGAGUCCCCGACAGCUGUGAAACGGCUGAGAGAAGAACCUGCGUCCACGUCAGGGGCGGAAGACAAGAAGGGGGAUCGCAAAUGGCCGGGAUAUCCGGGUGAUAGUGUGUUUCGGCUGAUCGUGCCUGUGCGGAAGGUAGGCAGUAUUAUAGGGAGGAGGGGGGAGUUCGUGAAGAAGCUGUGCGAGACAACGCGUUCACGAAUCAAGGUGUUAGAAGGGGUUCCAGGGACAGAGGAGCGAAUUGUGAUGGUGUCGGCACGAGAGGAUGAGAGUGCAACCUUGUCUGCGGCGAUGGAGGGUCUGUUGAGAGUUCAUAGGAGGGUGGUGGCGGGGGAGGUUGGGGAGGUGGACACGGAUGACGAGACGAAGCCCUUUCCGACGGGAGCGAUUACGUCGCGAAUGCUGGUUGCAGCGACGCAAGCGGGAAGCCUGAUUGGGAGAGGUGGUACGACCAUUAAGGCGAUGCAGGAUGAGUCAGGAGCUACCAUCCGCAUACUGCCGGUGGAAGAGCUCCCGACGUGUGCACUCAUAGACGAUAAGGUAGUGGAGAUAACAGGGGAGGCUCGCAAUGUGCACCGAGGGAUUGAGUUGAUCGUGAAUCACCUGCGGAAGUUUCUGGUAGACCGCACAGUGUUGCCGUUGUUCGAGGUGCCGCGGUCGAAAGCGUCGGGCGGGCAGCAGCAACAGCCGGGAGGAAUGAGUGCCGGUGGACCUUACAGCUCCAUGGGGGGCGGAAUGGGGUCAGGGAUGGGGUCGGGGAUUGGUUCGGGUAUGGGUUCGGGGAUGGGGGGAGGUAUGGGGUCGGGGAUGGGAAGUGGUAUGAGCGGAGGGUUGACGGGAGGGAUGGGUAGCGGGAUGGGAGGCGGGAUGGGAGGCGGCGGUAUGGGAGGUGGGAUGGGAGGCGGUAUGGGAGGCGGUAUGGGAGGCGGUAUGGGCGGGAUGGGAGGUGGGAUGGGCGGCGGGAUGGGAGGGGGAAUGGGAGGUGGCAUGGGAGGGGGCAUGGGAGGGGGAAUGGGAGGGGGCAUGGGAGGGGGUGGUCUAGGCGGGGGAAUGGGUGGAGGGUUGGGUUCUUCCAUGGUGUCGGGUCCUCAGCAAAACCAGCAGAACCAGACGUCUUAUGGUGCACCUCCCCUGGACGGUUACUACCAGUCGACAGACAUGCUCUCGGGGACGGGAUCGGGGGCAGGAGCAGGCGCUUAUGACACGCCCUCGAUCCACGCAUCUCAUCAUGGUGUCGGUAUGCACCAGGUCUCCACUCAUCAUUCAGGCGUGACAAUGUACGGCCGGGACCCCUCGCUGUCCUCCAUGAGUAACGGCAUGUCUCAGUCUGGAAUCACCCCGGCGAGCACCCUGAACGCCAUAACUCAAGUCAGUCAGCGAAUGCAGAUUCCCCUUGGCUAUGCGGAUGCUAUUAUUGGUGUCGGCGGGGCGAACAUUACCUACGUGAGGAGAGUGAGUGGGGCGUCUGUGACUGUGCAGGAGGCAGCGGGUUUGCCCGGCGAGAUGGCCGUGGAGAUCAGAGGAUCGGCGGCGCAAGUGCAGACGGCGCAGACGUUGAUUCAGAAUUUCAUGGCGGGGCAGUCGUACCCUACUUCGUCGGGCGCGACGACGACACCCUCGUCUGUCGUCGGGGUUGGGGGUUAUUCGUCGUCGGUAGGGGGAGCGUCUGCUGGAGGGGGAGGCACGGGACCUGUGGGAGGAUCUCUGGAUGGUGGCUAUGGCGGUUACGGCGGAGGGAUGAGCGGGAUGGGCUUGUACGGCGGACACGUGUCGGGUCCUCAGGGAGGGGUAUCAUCUGUUUCGCACUCGACGAUGGGAGGAUCUUCUGGCUCUCAUUAUUCCGCGCAGCCGCAAGCAUCACACGUUUCGUUGAUGGGCGCACCCUCUUCGUCACAGCAUGGGUAUAGUGCGUCGCCCACGGGUUACUCGGCAUAUAACUUGCCCGCAUCAGGAUUCAGUGCAAGGGCUCUCAGAGGAUAGCAUGGUAAUGCGCCGCCUGCUGUGAUUGGUAUGUGACAUCAAGAUAUCUGAAGCUUCUCUCCGGAAAAAGCCUAAGAAUGCACACAUUGCGUGGAUGCUGAUGUACCUUGGAAGAUAUCUGACUUUUUCCAUUGUGCGACUACUAUACUAUCGAUCCGGCAUCAAUGAACAACCAAUCAACAAAUAUGGAGCAACUGAGAAGGAAGCCGUUCGCAAGACAUCAACGUGAUGCAGUGAGAAAACAAAAAAAAAAAAAAACAGAAAGUGUAUGCUAGGUUUAGGUACUCUCUAAUCAGAUCAGCAUUUAUUUUGUGGACAGGUUCGGUUUCACUGUACUUAAGUCUUAAAACACACUGACAGCUACGCAAAGAAUUUUGCAAUUUGUUGCGAGGAUCAAGUAAUACCGGAUAGUGCUGCUAUUUCAUGAGGGCAUUCUGCGAGGUCCUCUGCCCCCCCACCCCUCCUACCACUUGCACACCCCUUCCUCACACUCCCAGCUCAACCCUUGUACUCGUUUCACGUGCCCGCGACGUGGAGUGGAUGGUGUAUCUGAAAAGUCCAAAUUUGAGAUGCCUCACAUCUCCUGUUCUCGAUGACCGUUUCCCUGGAAGGAGGGCAUUGACAGUGAACCUUACUGACUGUGGAGAGUCGAACCGGCCAUUGUUUGUGCCAGAGCAACUAACUGCUGUUUUGUUCUGCGCAUCUGGUCUUGUGCGAUUUUUCAUUGUAGUCAUCCAGCCUCUGAUUCAACGACAUUGUGGGGUGCUUCCAAGCUGUUCACUCCUGGUAGGGGCCUUAUUCUUCCUAGCUCUCUCUGACCUCCUGAGGUGGGCACAUGAUGAGGGUGCUGAUGGUGUGCUUGUUUUCUGCUAUCUUGUAUGUGGGUCGCGAAGAUGGUCCCACGUAACAACAUAUGCCUAGUGAGUGCAUGUGUUUCAUAGAUGGAUCGCACCCACUCCCGGAACGACAUUUGUUGAAAAGCAGCGGAACUACUGGGCCAUUGAGGUGCCGUCUUCCAGUUCGGCCUUUAGUCAUAAGCAGUGGAAGGAGACGAGUGUGCUUUUCCGAUUGCCUAUAGUGUGACAGGGCAAGCUUCUUUUGCUCAUCGCUCGGUGUCCGCACAUGCAUGCAUGGUCGCCACUCUUUUGUAGGCAAUGUUUUACAGGGGCUCGUCUGCUAGCUGUGCGCCCGUUCUCACCGUCAACUUCGUCGGAGGACCAGAUUGCUUGCCACCCAUUACUUCAAAAAGUAUGUGGGCAUGUGCCAGGAUGAGACAUUGCUGUCCUUUCUAAGCGAGUGCAAUCUCGAGAAUGUACUGCUUGCUUUGUUAAUCCGCGUUUCAGUAUGAUCCUUUAAUCUGCAUUUCUGUAUCGUCCUCUUUGGAGGCCAGGCCAGUGUGUUUGGAUUGUUAGAAUGCAUAUGAUGACAGGACACUCCGGAGUUUCUACAGGUUGGCUAGCUGUACAGACGGUCUUUUGUAUGCUAGGGGGCACUGCAACUGCUGCUGCUGCUGAGGUUGUGGAGGGGUGGCGUGGUUCUCUUCCCUUUUGACAUCGGUUCUUCUUCGGGCCGAUUUUUUCAACACUCUCGUGAUAUAUUUACUACUUGAGUGAAGUCUGCAAAACUUGUUCACGAGGUUGUUCAAGCCCACUGUUUCCCUGUUCUUUGGCUUCCAUCUAUCAUCUUCGCGGACUCCCUCCUCCUCAUCCCCCCGCCGUCCUUUGCCUGCGAGCACAUUCUGUUCCCAAAUGUCAUAGUCCUUAUCCCCAUAGCUUCGAGACAGAAUUGUGGCGCUGGUAGUCAGUUUUUUUCUUCUUCGGGGGAAUACGGUCCUUACUUUGCCGGAAGCGUUGUGCCCAGAGGUUGAGGAGUGGUGUGGGAUGGUCGUGACAUUUGUGGCGUUGAGGGCGUCCUUUUGAUGAUCGUUGCGAGCUUGUGAGCGAGCGAAUCUCUCUCCCGUCUUACCUGCCAUGCCUCGUUGUGUCAUGAUGGUGGGCCUUAUGUGUGCGAUGCUUUUGGAAGUUAUUUUCUUCAGAGGUGUGGUAGUGAGGAUGGUUGUGACGUGGUUGUCAUUAGAGUUUUCCGUUUCGGUUCGAUCUUAUGAGGAUAUCUGGUAGGGAUCAGAGUGCGUCUCCUGGUGUCUGUGUUUGGCGGGAUGCUCCAGCAACCUGUCAUCUGGUCACCAUGCGCCGUGGAAUGUGGAAGAGUCACUUCGAUCUCCGUGCAAGUGUUUGGAUGAUUAGUCCUGGGCUCUGGAGCCUCUCGAGUAGACUUUUUCCCUAGGAAAGCUCGAAUGAAGUGAACCGACUGUUUCAGGAGGGGUUGUUGAAAGUGAAGUGUCAGGCAUGUAGGCUUUUUCCCUUCCUAUUCGAAAUGGUGAGUGUUUUUGUAGGUGACCGUGCUGGAGUUGAAGCGCACCUUUGAGGGCCUGGUGUUAUCUGGUUUUGGUACCGCAGGACGCUGUGUGUAAUCAUGUUCAAGUCAGGUACGUCCUGUUCGAACCCCUCCCUUCGCACGGAAGGAUCAUUAUUACCACGGAAGGAUCAUUAUUACCACAGAACCCCUCCCUCAGGUACGUCCUGUUCGUGCCAGUUGCGUUCAAUAGCGGUUGUGUAACUGGCUUUGAGAAAACGGGGUUACUUGGCCGCUUGAUCUUGGGGGAGCAAAGCUUUCUGAGCUGUGCUGAUGAAUUAGCUGUUGAGUUGGGGGGCCUUGCCUGGGAGUGUGUCUCAGUUCUUUUGGGUGGUGUGGAGUGAAAGCUUUAAUACCGCAAUCGAUGGGCUGAUGCCUCUGAUGGUAAUACCGACAACGGCGUGCUCGACAGCAGCGAUGUCUACAACAGCUAAGGGGUCUGAGGAGGAAAGGUUGUAGUAGUUUGAAACAGCAGUGUGGUUGGAGCCAAGGCCUGUCUUAUUCUCUGAAAGUCUGGUGAAGAAUCGACAGAUGUCUUUGGUUACGGUCUUUUUCUCUGUACGGUAUGUGUUCGGUGCUGUUUGCUGCUGUGUCCUUAGUGAGAAUCUGUUAAAGUGUUAUGGUGGAGCAUCUCUCCCAGGGGGCGGUUGAUCAGAAAAUGUGCUCUUAGAACAAUCUCUCACUUUUCUUUUCUCUCUCUUUUAUAAACUCUCAAGUUAUCAUCAUAAUCGGCCUGGGACGCAUUUGCCUUCUGUGCUACUAUGUACAAAGUGUGUGUGGCUCCAAUUCGGUGGAAUGCUGGAAAGCAACAAUGGGGGCAUAGUGCAGUUGGUACACCCAUGAUCCGGCGGAGUGCAGACCUGGGCGCGAAUCCCAAUCAACUUGAACUCAGACAAGUAAAUUAUCUCUGAAUUC